AUGGAAAGAAAGCGCAUAGCGAUUGUCGGCAGCGGCGUUUCCGGCAUCAGCGCAUUAUGGACACUCCGCAACGCCGGACAUGAAGUGCAUCUGUUUGAAGCAGCAGAUCGUUUGGGAGGUCACGCAAACACAGUCCCAUGGACAUUCAACGGCGUCGAUACGCCCGUCGAUACCGGCUUCAUUGUGCUCAAUGCAGCGACAUACCCGAACUUUAUCCAGUUUCUCAAAGCUUUGAAUGUCGAGACCGACAUGUCAGAGAUGACCUUUGGCAUCUCGCGGGAUGCAGGCGCGUUCGAAUGGUCAGGCACAUCACUCGGCGCGCUUUUCGCACAGUCGUCCAAUGCCCUCAAGCCUUCCUUCUGGCGCAUGAUCUUCGACAUUGUCCGCUUUAAUCAGUUCGCGCUAGAUCUUCUUUCGAUACCUCCAGGGUCGGCUGCUGCGGCUAAAGCCAACCAGGAGAGCAUCGGCCAAUACCUGGAGCGAAACGGCUACUCCGACGCAUUCCGCGACGACUACUUGAUUCCAAUGACCGCCUGCGUGUGGAGCACUGGAGCCGACAAGUGCGCCCUAGAGUUCCCCGCCCUCACACUCAUCCGAUUCAUGUGGAAUCACCACCUGCUAACGACAGUGAGCGAGCGACCACCAUGGCUGACUGUCCACGGCGGUUCGAAGAACUACAUCGAUGCUGUCAUGCGAGAAUGCAAGGACGUGCACCUCCACCUUAGCACACCUGUUACAUCCCUUCAACGCAAAGACGGUCGCGUGCGCAUAUCCCUCGACGGCAAAGCCGGCUCCAUAGAGGAGACAUUCGACACCGUAAUCCUCGCGUGCCACGGCGACCAAGCCCGCGGCAUCCUCGGCCCGUCCGCUACCCUCGAGGAAAGCGACAUCCUUGACGCCUUCGAGACAACACCCAAUACCGCUUAUCUGCACUCCGACCUCUCGCUCAUGCCCAAGCGCCGUAGCGCAUGGUCCGCGUGGAACUACCUGACCACAACAACACCCUCGUCCGUCGCCUCGACCUCCAAUCCCUCCGGCAACCUCCAGACAGUGUCCUUGACGUACAACAUGAACAUCCUCCAGCACAUCCCCGUAGAAACUUUUGACAACGUCCUCGUCACACUCAACCCAGAGAACCCACCCGACCCGACACUCACACAGGCCACGUACUCAUACCGCCACCCACUGUACAACAGUGCCAUGGUUGCCGCGCAAGAAGAACUGCAUCGCAUCCAGGGCAAGAACGGGGUGUGGUACGCAGGCGCAUGGACGGGGUACGGGUUCCACGAGGACGGGUUCAGUAGCGGGAUGAGGGUGGGGUUGAAACUGGGCGGGGGCGUGCCGUGGGAGGUGCGGGAUGCGAAGUUUAGUCGCGGUAUGAAGCCGGAGUUGGAGUGGAAGGAUCACGCAGUUAGGAUCGUGGUUACUUUCGUACAACUCUGGAUCAGUGUGCUUGAGCGAGUGCUUGGUGUCGAGAGGCAGAGCACGGCAAGUGUUGGGCAUGGCACGGUCGAUGGUAAGGCGAAAGCUGCGUAG